AUGGCUUCUGACCUAGAGAGUAGCCUCACCUCCAUAGACUGGCUCCCCCAGCUGACCCUUCGAGCUACCAUUGAGAAGCUUGGGAGUGCCUCCCAGGCUGGGCCUCCAGGUGGCGGCCGCAAGUGCCCGCCGGGCUCACCCACAGAUCCGAAUGCCACCCUGAGCAAAGACGAGGCAGCUGUCCACCAGGAUGGCAAACCACGGUACAGCUAUGCCACCCUCAUCACCUAUGCCAUCAACUCCUCUCCUGCCAAGAAGAUGACCCUCAGCGAGAUUUACCGCUGGAUCUGUGACAACUUCCCCUAUUACAAGAACGCUGGCAUCGGUUGGAAGAAUUCAAUUCGGCACAACCUUUCUCUCAACAAGUGUUUCCGGAAGGUGCCCAGACCUCGGGAUGACCCUGGGAAGGGCUCUUACUGGACGAUCGACACCUGCCCUGACAUCUCCCGGAAGAGAAGACACCCUCCAGAUGAUGAUCUAUCUCAAGACUCGCCAGAACAGGAGGCAAGCAAGAGCCCACGGGGAGGCGUUCCAGGGAGUGGAGAAGCCUCACUGCCUUCCGAGGGGAAUCCUCAGAUGUCCCUUCAGAGCCCCACAUCUAUCACCAGCUACAGCCAGGGCACAGGAUCUGUGGAUGGCGGAGCAGUGGCAGCCGGGGCUCCAGGCCGAGAAAGCGCGGAGGGUCCCCCUCCCCUGUAUAAUACCAACCAUGACUUCAAGUUCUCCUACUCAGAGAUCAAUUUUCAGGAUCUAAGUUGGUCCUUUCGCAACCUCUACAAAUCCAUGCUGGAGAAAUCUUCCUCCUCUCAGCAUGGUGAGUCUGCACUUGGGAUGAGAAGGGUAGCAUUUCUUGCUUCUCUGUUUGCAGAACUGAUGGAGUGUCUGCGACAGGCAGAGCAGAAGAACUGGAGCCUCGACCAGCAUCACAUUGCCAAUCUGUGUGACUCACUCAACCACUUCCUUACUCAGACUGGUCACGUGCCCCCCCAGGGGGGCUCCCACCGGCCACCAGCCCCUGCCCGUAUCGCUGACUCCUGUGCCCUUACCAGUGGCAAGCAAGAGCCAGCCAUGAACCCAGUGAACUCUUAUGUGCACCCACAAGCCCCCCACCUCUACCCUGGCCCGUCACCAAUGUACCCAAUCCCCACCCAGGACUCAGCAGGAUACAAUCGCCCAGCACACCAUAUGGUCCCUCGGCCACCGGUUCCACCUCCUGGUGCCAAUGAGGAGAUCCCUGAUGACUUCGACUGGGACUUGAUCACUUAG